UGCCAUCGCCGGCAGUUGUGUUUUGAUAACCACAUGGUUCAGACGCUCGCUCUCUGCGUAUAACGUACAUACAUACACUUUCGCGCGUGUAAUUUGUAUCCGUUUGUGAAAGUUAUCAACCCGGAUGACAACAACAUGAUGCGACCAAAUAAGUUCAAACUAAACGAAGUUCCCAGUUGAAGUUGCACGUGGAUUCACUUGACUCUAGUCUAGUACAAAGUCAACAUACAUAAACAAUAACCCUGUGAAGGAAGAACGAAUAGAUAAGAAACGGCCACGUUCCACAGAUUUACUGAUAAAAAACGUAUACGUACUUGAACACGGAAGACGUUGUUAUAAACAAAAAUUAAGCCUAUUAGUGCUGCGAAAAAAAUACUCAUUCGGUUCUUAACAGUGACAGAAGUGACAUUUGGACCGAUUUAUCACGUGAACUAUAAAUAAAAGUGUGUGAUUGUGAUAAAAAAUGACGCCCGGUGUGAAGGGUGACCAAUUUACUGAACUUGGUAACAAUAAUGUGAUACCUCUAAUACCGCGUGCUGCUAUGCACUUGGAGUUUAAAGAUGUCACCUGCUCCGUUAAUUCGUUUGACGUCAGCAGGUUCCGUUUUGAUAAGAAAACAAUAUUAAAAGGCGUCAGUGGAAGUUUCAAGCCAGGGCAACUGACGGCCAUUAUGGGCCCCUCAGGUGCUGGCAAAACUACACUCUUGAACAUUCUUGCUGGUUAUUCGACCAAGGGUGCAAAAGGCGAGAUUAUCGUAAACGGAGUAUGCACGUGUGCGUCUCAAUCGACCGGCCGAGGUGGCGCGAGAUACAUACGCCAGAACGAUGACCUCCGCGUCCAUCUCACCGUGUACGAGGCCAUGGCUCUUGCCGCCGCUCUUAAGCUGGCCGACUUCAAGUUCCAAGAACGCAAAGAGAAAGUACAUGAGUUGCUUGCCCUUCUGGGUCUAAGCGGGACGUCCCGGACUCUGUGCAGAGAUUUAUCAGGAGGGCAGAAGAGGAGACUCGCAGUAGCCUUGGAACUGCUGUCCGACCCGUCUUUGUUGUUCCUUGACGAGCCGACGACCGGUUUAGACUCUUCGGCGUCAACGUCUUUAAUCGCCCUCCUGAGUGCCUUAGCUCGUGGAGGGAGAACCCUGAUCGCUACCAUCCAUCAACCUUCGGCCCUGAUGUUCGAGAAAAUAGACACCAUCUACUGCCUGGCUGCCGGGAACGCGUUGUAUUCUGGACCCAGGGAAAACCUCUUGCCAGCACUGAACGGCGCAGGGUUGCGAUGCCCGCCCUACCACAACCCAGCCGAUUUCUUAAUGGAAGUAGCAUCAGGUGAAUACGGGACAGCAAUAGAAAGUAUCGCUAACAGCAUACAGCAGUACAAACCAGAAUCUACCUCCAGAAGUUUGGAAGAAAACUUGCCUGUGAUAUCCUCUUUUUCAAGAUCUCUAAGUAUAGACACAGAAUUAAAAGACAAGCAGUUCAGAAGUAAUGUUAAACAUCAGCAGAAAUUCUCCAAAGACAUCUACAGACCGUCCGGCUACAUGAAGCAGACAUGGAUACUUUUGUACAGAAACUAUUUGAUGACAACUAGGAAUUAUUCCCUGUUUAUGUACCGGGUAGCAGCCCACGUGGUAAUAGCUCUCAUCUUCGGCUACCUCUACCUCGGGGUAGGAAGCGAAGCGAGCAGCGUGCUGGGAAACUACGUGUAUUUGUAUGGAUCAAUGCUUCUCGUCGUGUAUACCGGCAAAAUGUCCGUCACAUUGUCUUUUCCGUUGGAGAUGGCUAUAUUGAAAGGCGAAUACUUUAACCGAUGGUAUUCGUUGGGACCUUACAUAUUUUCAAUUCUAGCAGUGGAACUACCAUUUCAGAUGAUAUCGUGUGUGUCAUACGUGGUAUUGUCGUAUUGGUUGACUGACAAUCCGCUGGAGCCGACGCGCGCCACUCUGUUCCUAGCCACCGUGGUGGCCACGUCCCUCUGUGCCCAGGCGUGGGGAUACUUCAUUGGGUCCAAUACACCUACUAAGAUCGCAGUAUUCAUAGGACCAGUGCUUGCCUGCCUGUUCUCCGUGUUCGGUUUCUGCCUUGCCCUGAGAGAUACUCCCUACGCGUUCAAAUGGCUCCACCACGUGUCGUAUUUCAGAGCAGGCUUCCAUGUCGCAGUUCAUUCUAUUUAUGGCUUUAAUAGGACAAAAAUGCAUUGUGCUAAAGAAUAUUGCCACUACAUAACACCGAGCAAGUUCCUCACAGAAAUGGACAUUUCAAGUGUGGACGUUGGCGCCAACAUGGCGAUAGUACUCAGCACUACAGUAUUGAUGCAUAUCCUCACAUGCAGUACUCUGUGGUAUCGAUUGAACAAGAGAUGAAGUAAAUGAAGAGAAAUAAUAGUGUGACUGAUUUAUUUAUUUAUUUAGAUAUGUAAUACAUAAUGUGAUAUACUUAGGGAUGUAUUUAUCAGAGACAAUAAAACUACGAAUGUUAAAAAAAAAUCAUCGCGACGCCUAUUUGAUGGGUGCAAAAAUCUUUACUAAACAUUGACAGGUACAAAAUUACUGAGUUUUUAUAAAUAUGCAUGUUAAAAAUGGUUGAAAUAUAUAUAGAUAUUGUUAAAUAGUAAUUUACUUCUAUUGGAAUAAAAAGAAUCAUCUAAGUAUCUAUUACACCUUGGCUUAUGUUUAAAUAUGAUUAUAUUAACUUUUUCUCUUAAAGAAACCUAGACAAUGAUAUUAAAUACUUUUAGAUGUGUUUCUAGCGCAUGAAAAAAUUGUGCAUGUGUGCGCUCAGUGUUGUAGCUUAUUCGGGUCACUUUUUGCGGUGAUUUUGUAGGGACGUAACCGAUCUAUAGUGUUAAAAUUAUCAUUGAUUGUAGAUCCAUUUUUACAUAUACAUAUAAAGCAAUUUUCUUUUCCCUGUCGUACGCUGGAUAUGUGGUUCAUAUAACAACAAGCUCACUUUGUCUCUAAAUACUCGUCAUAAAUAAAUUAUUUUAUAUUUAUUUAUACGCCUAAGCUACUAGUACAUUAAAUAAAUAUUUAGUUAUAUUGAGAAAGAAUACAAUAAAGAACUUAAGCUAACUUAUCCUAAUAACUUUACAAAUCAUGCCCACGUGGAAUGGUGGCAAGAAUACUGGCUGCAUUUCCGCACUGGACAGCCAGGCUGAUCCUUUGCGCAAAAAAUGAGCCAGGCCUUCUGUCACCAGUCGAGGCAACUAGCCGCGGUGAAAAGAUUCGGUAAAUUUUUUUGGCACUGCAACUACAUGGCCCAAGGGUCUCCACGGCAAAAGGUACAAAUAUGUAACUCUCAGAGAGGCAUACUUGAGCCACUUACCGGUUUCAGCUUUUUCUGCUGCGGUUCCCGGUCUUGAUUCUGUCUCCCUGAUAUGACACGGUGCAUGUAGCGUCCCAUAUUAGGGCCCGCCCCAUUUCCCAGGGAACCAGCGUCAACCCAUCAGGUCUCUUGCCAUCAUCCCGUCUGAUCCCUGACGAGUCGAUUAGCGCAGGAAUAUUUAUGUUAUAUUGUAUUUCUUACUACUAAAAUUAGUGACUCUCGUUUCAAUAAUAAACGCACUUUGGUUUAUCCACCACUACCAGACCGCGCUGUUUCGCCCGCGUUGUUCCUGUAAAAAUACGGGAAUAAAAUAUAGCCCUGUAAAUCGCUGAUAAUGUAACUUUUAAUUGGUGAUUAAAGUUGAUGCCUCUUCACUUCAACAAACAAAUAAACAAUCUUUCCUCUUUAUAAUAUUAGUGUAGACGUAAUUUAAUUACUUUACCUCAAAGAUUGCCUUAGUUUUAAAAUUAUGGUGUAAGGUUUUAAACAUUUCUGUUUAUAGUUAAUAAAGUACUAUGUAUUACAAGAUAUAAAUAGAUAACAGACUACCUACUCAGAUGUUAUAAACAUUGAAUUAAGUUAUUAUACUCUUAAUUAAUAAAUUAUGUUUGUCAAUGAUGUGACAUGUGACAUGUACAUGUAGUACAUAUGCAAAUGUUUUGUUGUUAUUUUUUGUAUUUGACAAAGGGCUUUAUUUAUCUGAUAGUUAUAUAUUUUUAUUUCAUAACAACACCUGUCACCUAAAAUUAAUAAUUAAAAAUCUAACUCUCCGACCUCAAAUCCUAAAUCAAAACAUGAACAUUGAAAAUGUAAGCCUUAAUAAAAAAUACUGAAAUAGACAGCCUUUGUCAUUGGAUAUCUGAUUUCCUGAGUGAGCGAUCAUUUCGAGUUGUCGUGGAUGGCAUCUCAUCUGAUCAAAUGGCAAUUAAUGCCGGUGUUCCUCAGGGAUCAGUUCUCUCUGCUACACUUUUCCUGCUGCAUAUAAAUGAUCUGCUUAAACCCGGUAUAUUUGGGUAUGCAGAUGAUAGCACUGUAACAGAGAGAUAUAUGUCCAGUCCCCGUGCUAGUGGGGUUGAGGUCCAUGAACAACGAGAGGCUUUGGUGCAACGCAUUAAUUUAACCUUAAAUGAGGUGUCUGAAUGGGGAGAUGCCAAUUUGGUUAAGUUUAAUGCGGAAAAAACUCAGGCAUGUUUGUUCACUGCCAAAAGGAGCCCCUUCCAUCUGACUCCUACUUUCCGGAAUAUGUCUGUAGGAAUAUCUGAUAGCUUAGAGCUUCUUGGCGUAACCAUAUCGUCCAAACUCAACUUCGGACAGUUCAUUGAAUCUAAGGCAAAAAACUUGGCAUCCUUAAUAAAGUGAAACGGUACUUCUCACCAGAACAGCUUCUAUCGUUAUAUCAAGCUCAAGUUCGAUCGUGUAUGGAGUACUGCUCCCACUUGUGGGAUGGCUCCGCCAAAUACCAGCUUGCUGCUUUAGAUUCAGUGGAUAAACGCGCUAGAAGACUCAUUGGCAAUGAGGCUUUAACUGACUGUAAGCUUCAAAGCUUAGAGCAUCGCCGAAAGGUUGCCUGCCUAUCGGUGUUCUACAAGAUAUAUUUCGGGGAGUGCGCUCAGGAACUGUUCGAUCUUGUGCCACCUUCGCCGUUUUACCACAGGACUGCUAGGCAUCGCAGAGAUCUGCACCGCUACGUUGUCGAAAUCCCUCGGGCGCGUACCAAGCGGUUUAGUUCCUCAUUCCUUAUACGCACUGCAAAGAUGUGGAAUGCUCUCCCAGCUUCAGUUUUCCCCACCACCUACAACAUGGGUAUUUUCAAGUCAAGAGUGAAUAGGCAUCUUCUAGGCAAGCGCGUUCCACCAUAGGCUGCUUCAUCGCUUACCAUCAGGCAUGAUUGCAGCUAAGCGCUUGCUUAUUCAAAAUAAAAAAUAAAAAAAGCCUCCAGUCAAUCUAAAAGUUAUCUUAAUUUUCAAUAGUACACUUUAAAUCAGGACGGUUAAAUAAAAUUAACUUUAAAGCAGUAAUUGAAAUAAGGGGGGGGCGGCAAAUUUCCCCAACCCCAAGCGGCAAAAACCCACGUUACGCCACUGUAAUUAUUUAAUGCUAAGAACGCAUUGUUACAUUAAAAAUAUAGUCUGACCAGAAAUAUAAAAAAACCCGGACUGAGAGUGCUACAAGCUGGAAAAGAGGACCUGGAUGGUGCUACAAGUACUAGAGUUUGGCUACUGAAAGUAGACAACGAAAUUUAAUUUGACGGCCUCCGUAGCGCAAUGGUAUGCGCGGUGGAUAUACAAGACGGAGGUUCGAUCCCCGGCUGGGCAGAUUGAGAUUUUCCUCAUUUGUCCAGGUCUGGCUGGUGAGAGGCUUCGGCCGUGGCUAGUUACCCCUACCGGCAAAGACGUACCGCCAAGCGAUUUAGCGUUCCGGUACGAUGCCGUGUAGAAACCGAAAGGGGUGUGGAUUUUCAUCCUCCUCCUAACAAGUUAGCCCGCUUCCAUCUUAGACUGCAUCAUCACUUACCAUCCGGUGAGAUUGUAGUCAAGGGCUAACUUGUAAAGAAUAAAAAAAAAAAAAAAUUUAAAAAAUCGCGCCAAAAAAAAUAUCUGCUAUUGUUCCUUAAUAUAAAGCUUAAGUGUGAAAACAUUACUUAUAUAAAAAAAAAAAUUGCAAGCAUAAAACUGAUUUUUACCAAUAUUCGUUCUAUAGGUUUGGGAAUGCCCUCUGAAGUUUUUAAUUUGCUUGAUGAUUUCUUACUCUAUAUUCAUUAGCCAAAGUCUACUUACUUUUUAGCCACCUUUGCCAUUGAAUACAUAAUAGUACAAGCCUGUAUUUAAUAUGCUGGUAGAAGAAAUAAGUUCAUUUUAUAUUCGCAAUAGGGCGAGUUUUAUUAUUUUUCUGGCCAGGCUAAAGUAUAUGUCAAAGAAUUACAAAAACUCAGCUUUGUAUUUAUUAUAUAAAACGAAGAUUUAAUAAAGUUAGUUAACAUUUA